GCAGGCUCGUCGGGGGACGGGCAGCUGAAGCUCCUGUCGGAGGUGGCGCAGGCCGUGAAGGGGCAGGGCACCAUCGCCUGGGUCAACUGCGGGGAUUCGGAAGGACGAAAAUUAUGCAAGAAAAUGAAAGUGGACCCGGGUUCGAAAAAAGGCGGGCUGGAGAUCCUGCAUUAUAAGGACGGAACCUUCCACACCGAAUACGACAGACCGUCAACAUUUAAGUCCAUGGUCGCCUUUCUGAAGGACCCGACCGGAGCGCCGCUGUGGGAGGAGAACCCGGGGGCCAAAGACGUCGCGCACAUCGAAAGCGAGAAGGACUUCAGGAAGCUGCUGAAGAGAGAGGAACGCCCUAUCCUCAUGAUGUUUUACGCCCCGUGGUGUGGCGUGUGUAAGAGAAUGCAGCCCGUUUUCCAGCAAGCGGCCACGGAAUCCAAGGGUGAAUACGUUCUGGCAGGGAUGAACGUGCACCCGGCCGAAUUUGACGGGCUCAAGCAGGAGUACAACGUCAAGGGCUACCCAACCUUCUGCUACUUUGAGAAGGGGAAGUUCCUGCACCAUUACGAGAAUUAUGGAGCCACGGCCCAGGACAUCAUCGACUGGAUGAAGAACCCUCAACCCCCCCAGCAGAAAGCCCCGGAGGUGCCGUGGUCCGAGACGGACUCCGCCGUCUUCCACCUGACGGACGACACCUUCGACCGUUUCCUGGAGGAGCACCCGUCCGCCCUGGUCAUGUUCUACGCUCCCUGGUGCGGUCACUGUAAGAAGAUGAAGCCGGAGUACGACGAGGCUGCAGAGAUCCUCAACAGGGACAAAGACAGCCCUGGGGUGCUGGCCGCCAUGGACACCACCAUCCACAAGUCCGUGGGGGAGCGCUACAGGAUCUCGGGCUUCCCCACGGUGAAGUACUUUGAGAAGGGCGAGGACAGGUACACGCUGCCCCACCUGCGCAGCAAGGACAAGAUCAUCGAGUGGCUGCACAACCCACAGGCCCCUCCCCCCCCAGAGCAGUCAUGGGAAGACACGCCCUCCAGCGUCAGCCACCUGGGAGCGGAGGACUUCAGAGAGGCACUAAAGAAGAAGAAGCACGCACUCGUCAUGUUCUACGCUCCCUGGUGCCCCCACUGCAAGAGCGCUGUCCCGCACUUCACUACGGCAGCAGAGCUCUUCAAAGAGGAUCGCAAGAUCGCGUACGCUGCCGUGGACUGCACCAGAGGCCAGAACCACGACCUGUGCAAGCAGGAGGGGGUGGAGGGCUACCCCACCUUCAACUACUACAACUACGGCAAGUUCGCAGAGAAGUACGUCGGAGAGAGAGGGGAGGCGGGGUUUAUCGGCUUCAUGCGCAGCCUGAGGGGGCGGGACCAGGAGAAGGCCGGCAAGCGGAAGGAGGAGCUUUAACGCAGAGAGGAAGGGGGCGGAGCCUGCGAUGCGGAGGGGGCGGGGCCUGCCGAUGCACUGUGACCCGGGCGGGCCCCCCCCUCCCCUCGGGACUGGAGCCAGAGAGACUCCCCAAACCUCAGCUAAAGACGAUCUUUUUUUAUACCCAUUACAGCCUGCCCCGUUUCUAAAGAGCGUUUCUUAUACCGUCUGACCACUCGAGACUUUCCCCAACCCCCCCCCCCCCCCCAGACCCCCCAGACCCCCCAGAAAAUACUGUGACUGCAGUCGACAGCUACACGUUUUUAUCUAUGCAAUACCGCCCCGCCCCUCCCUGUGAGGGGACAGUCGACGGCUUUCAUUUCAGUGGCGGCAGUUUGGGGAUGAAGGUGGUCUUUGUUAGAGGUUUUUUUGGGUGUUUUUUUUUU